AAAUUGUUUAUAUUUUGUUAAAAUGAGUUUGAAUUUUGUGAAUUUUGGGUUUGUAGAUUUGAAAUCGGCACUGGGAAAGAGGAGAAGAGAUGGUAAAAGUGCACUUCCUCAACCUUUGACUUCAAUUCAGCGUCUUUAUAUUAGUCGUCUAGUUGAAAAAUAUGGAGCUGAUUUUCAGAGAAUGAUGAUGGAUAUAAAGCUAAAUCCUAUGCAGCAUUCAGUUGCGACUUUAGAGAAAUUGUGCAUGAGCUAUUACAUAUACAAGAACAAGAAUCCGCUUAUUGUUGGAAGGUGAAAUGCUUGGCUUAGGAGCAAGUGUAGGGCCGUCGAAGAUUACCAACUA